AUGUGGAGGGCAGUUCUGGUCGUCUUUUUCUCUGAGGUAUUGUUCGUAUAUCCAUGCUUUCUGGGCAUUGAAUCUGGUUGCCAUAUUCCAGAGUUCCAGGCCUCCUAUUUCAUAGUCUCUUCUGCUCCUUUCUUUUGA